AUGUCAACAUCGAAUAAUUCAGUGAUGGAGUCAAGCGUCUUGGGAUGGCCGCUUUCGUGGAGGAUCUGGAUCCUUCUGAACGUCAGCUUCUACAACCUUUUGGGAAACGCCUUUGCGGCGGGUGCCCCUCCGCUAUUUUCGCGCAUCAUCGAGGAGCUUCAUUGCACUUCGGAAGAGGCUUCCCAGCUUUCUACUUGGGUGCUUUUGACUAUGGGACUCUCGAACAUCUUCGCCCUCCCCGCGGCAUCCCUCAUCGGCAAACGAUACACGAUUCUCAUAUCUCUUGUCAUCUUUUUUGUCUUCUGCCUUUGGUCAGGGGAAGCAUCUACAUUCAAUGACUUGAGAACAUCAAGAAUUCUUGGCGGGCUCGCUGGCGGGCUUGUCGAGGCGCUGGGACCCAGCUUCGUUGAAGAGACAUUCCCAAACAAUCAACUAGCAAGCGCAAUGGUUGUCUACGUUGGACUCUUGGCUGCCGGCUCAUCCAUCGGACCAAUCAUUUCAGGAGUUGUCGCGGACGGGACUGGCGACUGGAGAUGGUACUUCCGUAUUCUAUCGGCGCUUAUCUUCGUUACAUUUGUCGGAUCAUUGAUCAUGCUCCCGGAAACUCGUGCGGGCUCGCCAAAGACGACUGAGGAAGUCGAGCUCAGUCCCGUUACUGAAGACAAUCCAAAAGGUCUGCCCAUGAGCCCCACCUACGCCCAAGUUGAAAACGCCAACCAGCAAGGCUAUUCAGGAUCUAGAGAACUAGGAAAACAAUGGAGACUGCGCUCCUUCUCGACGUCGUACAUCGACAUGGACUGGAAACUCGCCGCAUCGAGCCUCUUUCAGCCUCUCCAACUUCUGGGCGCGCCACAGGUUAUUGUCACAACUUUGGUAUUCGGUCUCACCAUUGGCUGGACUGUCCUGGUAUCCAUCUUACUCUCGGCGGUGUACAGCCCCCCGCCACUGCUCUGGGGAGCUCGAGAUGUCGGACUGCUCAGCGUCGGGCCCUUGAUCGGUCUUUUGCUUGGACUCCCAGUUGGCGGCGCGUUGGCUGAUUACCUCUUCAACCGAGCCACACGUCGCAACGGCGGGAGACAAGAUCCGGCUUCGAGAUUGCCAGCUGUGAUUAUUGGAGGUCUAAUCAGCCCAGCUGGAUGUCUGGUCAUUGGAUAUGGCCUUGCAUCACCCGAAAAGUGGGCGCAAGUCAGCGUUGGCUAUGGCAUGUUGGCCACAGGUUUGACAUGCUCGGCCAACGUGCUACUAACAUAUGCUGUGGACACCAUGCCACCUCGAGCCAGCCAUAUCGGAGUUUUGGUGAACUUGAUCAAGAAUUCCGUCGGUUUCGGAGUCUCUUACGCGGCUACAAGCUGGAUGGCACAGGCAGGACCCGUUGCUCAAUUUGGUACCAUGGCGGGAAUCCUCUGGGCGGUGUACUUACUGGUGAUCCCCCUUUACUUUUUCAGUGAUACAGUCAUUCGUAAGACUGCAGCUCUCGCUUAG